AUGAGUAAGGCGAAGCUAAAGUUGAGCAUAGAAGGGAAGACCGUGGUAUAUGAGGGGCGACCGGAGAGCCGCAAGAAGGAUUUACUCGAUAUCCUUGUCAAGAUGAAAGUCGACCCGUCUGUCGCGGUUAAGGCAUUUCGUGAAAACAUUGAGGACGCCGCGAGGUACACUGACGAAAACAUUCAGCAGCAGUUUCUUGACGCUCAGCGGGCCUACGCGGAGAAGAAGAAGCGCAAGAUGGGAGAAGUCGUCAGUGAAGAGCAACAGAAGGAGAAACCAGAGAGGAUAACACUGAGCUUUAAAGGGAAGCAGUUUUCGUAUGAGGGUCUUCCAAGCAGCAAGCAGUACGCUGUGAUUGAGUUGCUUAUAAAACAAGAUGCAACCCGAGAGUUGGUGGUAGAGACAUUUCGUGUGAAUCUUCCGGAGUCUUCCGCUAGCGAUGAAGAAAUAAUGUCGAUGUUUACGGCUGCGAUGGAUGCGAAGAACGCACGAAAGGCAGCGAAAAAGAAGGACACUGCCGGUGAGCGGGCUGCGCAGUCUUCGUCACGGUCAAUCGAGCAACCACCACCACCACCACCACUACCACAGCAGCAGCAGCAGCAGCAGCAGCAGCAGCAAAUAAUGAAUACCUCUUCUACUAGCGGCGUGGAUGCCAUUGAAGAAAUUACGGGUAUGUCGGUGGAGGAGCGUGACUCUAUCAGCAACUUCAUCAAGCAGGUACUUGAGCAGCCUGAAAUGGAUCUUACGGCGCGUAUGCGUGAGGAGUCAAACACGUUUUCAACGGUGGGUGCAAUGACACGAAACACCGGCCCUGGUGCUGGUGCUGAGGAUGAUGCGCUGACGAUGACACUACGCUCAACACGGGGGAAGAUUGCCAUUUAUUGUCAGGAGGAAAAUAGCACGGCAAACAAAGUUCUUUACAUUUCCCCCAAUACAACAUUUGAAGAGUUUUGUGCGAUGGUGGAAAAGAAAUUUGGACGCAAGAUGGUGAUGUCAUUUAACGAAGGUGAGGAUUUAAUUGACAUGGACGAUGACGAUGUGUUCUGUAUGUUUCUUGAGAUGAGCCAGAAUCACACGCAAGAAGGCAAACGCAUGAAACUCAUCUGUGCUCCACCAGAGACUCGCAAGAAGGUGUCAGAUGACAAACUAACCGACACAAAGGGCGGCGAUGUAUUUAAGAUAAAAGCCUUUUCAAACGGCAAGUUGGAUGUCAGGGAGGAGAGGUCGUACACCGGACACGCCUCUGCUGUUUAUUGCUGCUCUUUUUCACCGAAAGGGGAGCGUUUUUGUACCGCCAGCCGGGACCGCUCCGUGCGACUGUGGAACACCGUAACCGGCAGCUCUUCCGUCAUGAAGGGCGGUCACAACGGGUUUGUGCUUUCGUGCGACUUCUCGCCGCGUGGAAAUCGCAUCGUUUCCUCUUCUGAUGACCGCACCAUUAAGGUGUGGAACACGACCACCUGCGCGAAGGUUUACACCUUGAAGGGACACGACGACAAGGUCUACUGCGUGCAAUACAACUCCACUGGCGACUACAUUGUCUCCGCGUCCUGUGACCACACGGUGAGGAUUUGGAACGCCGACUCCGGCACGAAGAUGUUAACCCUGCGGAGCCACAGUCUCGCUGUCUUUUCUUGCUGCUUCAGCAACACCGACUGUGGGAAAUACGUUGUAUCUGGUGGAGACGACCGCUUGAUAAAGGUAUGGGACUGGGCCAAAGAUGAUGAGUACUGUUCCAUGGCUGGCCACACCGACACUGUUUGGUCCUGCAAGUUUUCACACGAUGACGCUCGCAUUGUUACAGCCUCGAUGAAUCAUGAACUGAGGGUAUGGGACUGGAAAAACAGGAAUUGUAUUCUUUCCUGGAAGGGCCAUCAGGUUCCUAUUCAUCAUGCCGCUUUCUCUACCAACAACAAGUACAUAUAUUCCUGCGCCAGGGACUGGACCGUCAUGGUGUGGGACGCCGCGACAGGAGAGCUUUUUGAGACAAUUACUGGGCACCACAGCACCGUCUAUCAUUUGGAUGUUGUGGGGAACAAAUUACUAACAUCUUCCCUAGACGACACACUCAAGCUGUGGACCAUCAACGAGAAGUAG